UCGGCGGAAGCUUCCAUAGUCUCUCACUGCAGCUGGACUGGAACCCGGGGUGGGGGUGACAGGCGCUCAAGGAAAGGACGCUCGGGGCGCGGACGCGGCUUGUCGGGCCUCGAGUCUCAGGCUCGUGUCUGCGUGAGCAGCAGAGAAGAUUUUGCUGCCUGUCUCGGAAUAAAAAAAGGAUCCUGAGAGAGGAAAGAAUUUUUGUUACACAACUAGAAGUUUAAGUUCAGGUUUUUCUGUUUCCAAGCCAGGUGUAAUUCCUGAAUUGGAACAAGGAGUCCAGGCCUAGUAGGUGGAGAGUGUAGUGACAAGAGGAUUUGUCCAGCUCUGGCUUCUCUGGACUCAGCUUCUGAGGAUGAUUGGCAGUUCUAAAACCAUGGGCCAGGUGCCAUUGACAUUCAGUGAUGUUGCCAUAGACUUCUCUCAGGAGGAGUGGGAAUGCCUAAACUCAGAUCAGAGGAAUUUGUACAGAGAUGUGAUGUUGGAGAAUUAUACUAACUUGAUAUCACUGGACAUUGAUUUCACAAGUGAGAGCAACAAAUUAUCUUCAGAAAAAAGCAGUUACGAAGUAAAUUCAUACCAUCGGGAGACAAUGAAUAGAAGUAAAACCUUCAACUUUACGGCGUUUAUUUUCAGAAAUGACUCACAGAACAGAACUAAAUUUGAAAGACAACAGAAACUUAAAAUGGGAUAUUUUAAUCAAAUGAUAUUCAGAAAACAUAUAUCCCUUCCUCUACAUCAAAGACUUCACAUUAAAGACAAGUCAUAUGAAUGUAAGGAAUGUAGAAAGGGCUUUAGGAAAUACUCACACCUUAUGGAACAUCUGAGAGACCAUAGUGGUGUAAAACCCUAUGAAUGUAAGGAAUGUGGAAAGAUCUUUAUAGUUCUCCAGCAUUUUAUUAGACAUAAAAAAAAUCACACUGAUUUGAAACCCUUUGAAUGUAAUGGAUGUGAGAAGACCUUUAGGUUUUAUUCACAGCUUAUUCAACAUCAGAUAAUUCAUACUGGUGUGAAACCCUAUGAAUGUAAGCAAUGUGGGAAGGCCUUUAGACGUCAUUCUCACCUUACUGAACAUCAGAAAAUUCAUAUUGGUUUGAAACCCUACAAAUGUAAGGAAUGUGGGGAAACUUUUAGGUUGUACCGACAUAUGUGUCUCCAUCAGAAAAUUCAUCAUGGUGUGAAACCCUAUAUUUGUAAGGAAUGUGGAAGGGCCUUUGGUCAUCGUUCAAGUCUCUAUCAGCAUAAGAAAAUUCAUUCUGGUGAGAAACCAUAUAAAUGUAAACAAUGUGGAAAGGCCUUUGUUCGCAGUUAUCUACUUAUUGAACAUCAGAGAAGUCAUACUGGUGAGAAGCCUCAUGAAUGUAAGGAAUGUGGAAAAGCCUUUAGUAGGGGCUCAAGCCUUCUUAAACAUAAGAGAAUUCAUAGUAGCGAGAAACUCUAUGAUUGUAAGGAAUGUGGCAAGGCCUUCUGUAGAGGCUCUCAACUUACACAACAUCAGAGAAUUCAUACUGGCGAGAAGCCCCAUGAAUGCAAAGAAUGUGGGAAGAAUUUUAAGCUCCAUUCUUACCUUAUUCAACAUCAGAUCAUUCACAGUGAUUUGAAACCAUAUGAAUGUAAACAAUGUGGGAAAGCCUUCAGUCGUGUUGGAGACCUUAAAACACAUCAGUCAAUUCAUGCCGGGGAGAAACCUUAUGAAUGUAAGGAAUGUGGAAAAACCUUUAGACUUAAUUCUCAACUAAUUUAUCAUCAGACAAUCCAUACUGGUUUGAAACCAUAUAUAUGUAAAGAAUGUAAGAAGGCCUUCCGUUCUAUCUCAGGUCUUUCUCAACAUAAGAGAAUUCAUACUGGUGAAAAACCUUAUGAAUGUAAAGAAUGUGGUAAGGCCUUUAAUCGUAGCGAUCGACUUGCUCAGCAUCAGAGAAUUCAUACUGGUGUGAAGCCACAUAAAUGUAAGGAAUGUGGGAAAGCCUUUACUCGUUGCUAUCAACUUACUCAACAUCAAAGAUUUCACAUUGGCAAGAAAGUCUUAAUGUAAUGAGAGUCAGAAAGCCUUUAGCCAUGACACAUCCUUUAACAUUAUCACUAUUCUACCACCUAACGAUAUGGUAAAGAUUAAAUUAUUUAACAUAAAAUAUGAUUGUUUGGAAGGGCAUCUGGCACAGAGUAUUUGCUUACUAAAUAUUGUAUCAUUCUUUAAUGAUAAUUACUAGUAUUACUAUAAAUAAAUUCAUGUGGAAGGAAGACCCUAUGAGCAUAUUUUAAAAAUCUAUCAUCACUCAUCCAUAU